AGUCACCUGCUAUAGUCGUCUUACCCGCGAUCCACUACCAUGCACUUUCAGUUUCAUCUCAUCUAUAAGAGCCAGAAGACGCAACUCAUUCUUAGUUCAUCCUAUUUGUUUAAGACCUAUACUUCAAAGGCUAUCUGAAACGAAGCCAUGACAGACAAAACUUGCCCAACAAUUAUUUUGAUCGGCCUCGAAGGCGCUGGCAAAACAACUAUCGGGAAAGUCCUUGCAGAAAGACUCAACAGAGAAUUGUUCAGCCUCGAUCGACAUCGCGAAGAACUUUACGCGCCUUUCGACUACGACGGUGCCCAUGCCAACAAACUAUACGAACAAGAGGGCGUGGGUGCUUUGUUGAACUACUGGAAAUACUUUGAAUACAGAGCUGUCGUGGACAUUUUAGAAAGUGCUCUGAAGCCUGGAGAUAAGUUUUACGGCAAGAUUCUCGAUUUUGGGGCGGGCCAUUCCAUAUUCGAGAAUAGGAAGGAGCUUGAUCACGUUGCGGAACUUAUGACUCCUUAUGAUGGUGUUUUCCUUAUUCUUCCGUGCGAAGACGUGGGUGAGGCUCUUAAGAUCAUGGAGGAACGGAGAGGGCAUGAGUUGAGCUACAACCGGCACUUCCUGAGCCACCCAAGCAACAAAACGCUGGCAAAGCAUAUUAUUCACACGAAGGAUACAAAUCCGGAGCGGAGUGCUGAUGAGAUAUUGGAGUAUUUGAGUUGACCACCUUGAUGGGGGCUCAGGAUGUGAUCGUUUGGUCGGAUAUCCCACCAUGGGAAAUUUGUCACUUUCAUAUGAAGCAACAGCUUCUGUAAAUAUUCACAUGCAAAUCAUCUUUUUAGUGAGCUUCUGCCUAUGUAGUGAGAUGGUCCAACCGCUAUAGUCAGAUUGACCAUGACCUAAAUUGGUAGGUGUGAAUGAGAUUAGGCCAGGCGUUGCAAGCUUAAAAAAUGACGACAUUCCUCAAUUUGCU